UACGUCAGUUGCCGCCAGACUGCUGGCGCGUGCAGUUAUGUGGGAGGAAGUCACGUCGAAAUAAAACAAAAACAAACAGCACGUAUUUAAUUUUUAUGGCUUCGAAACGACCGACUUAGUUACAUUUGUGAAUUUGUGGCAACUUUUGGGAUUGAAAAGAAUAAUAAAAUAAAGUCGCAAAAUGUACGGGUUUGUGAACUACGCCCUAGAGCUGCUUGUUACCAAAACCUUCAAUGAAGAGACAUGGGAGACCAUAAAGAAAAAGGCAGAUGUGGCGAUGGAAGGCAGCUUCCUCGUGCGCCAGAUAUAUGAAGAUGAAAUCACCUACCAUCUCAUCACUGCUGCCGUUGAAGUUCUGCAAAUCCCAGCUGACGCGAUUCUGGAACUCUUUGGUAAAACCUUCUUCGAAUUCUGUCAAGAUUCUGGAUAUGACAAGAUUUUGCAAGUUCUUGGUGCUACACCGAGGGACUUCUUGCAGAAUCUGGAUGGCCUACACGACCACCUGGGUACUCUGUACCCUGGCAUGAGAUCGCCAUCUUUCCGAUGCACUGAGCGGCCGGAAGACGGGGCUUUGGUACUUCACUAUUACUCUGAUCGGCCUGGAUUGGAGCAUAUCGUCAUUGGGAUUGUGAAGACCGUAGCUAGCAAGCUUCACGACACAGAAGUGAAGGUUGAGAUCUUGAAGACAAAAGAAGAAUGCGACCACGUCCAGUUUCUGAUUACUGAGACAUCCACUUCUGGACGAGUUUGUGCUCCUGAGAUGGCUGAAAUCGAAACUCUGUCUCUUGAGCCUAAAGUGAGCCCGGCUACCUUCUGCCGUGUAUUUCCAUUCCACCUAAUGUUCGACCGAGAGCUGAACAUCGUCCAAGCUGGCCGCACCGUCUCCCGUCUGAUGCCGAGGGUCACUCGUCCAGGGUGCAAGAUUACUGAUGUACUGGACACGGUGCGACCUCACUUGGAGAUGACAUUCGCCAAUGUGCUCGCUCACAUAAACACGGUGUACGUGCUGAAGACUAAGCCUGAGGAAAUGGUGUCUGCUCCUGAUGAGGAUAUUGCUUCUCUACGUUUGAAGGGGCAAAUGCUGUAUAUUCCUGAAACAGACGUUGUGGUGUUCCAAUGCUAUCCUAGUGUGACCAACUUAGAUGACUUGACUCGGCGUGGCCUCUGCAUCUCCGACAUUCCUCUUCAUGAUGCCACUCGGGACUUGGUCCUCAUGUCUGAGCAGUUUGAGGCAGACUACAAGCUGACGCAAAACCUGGAAGUGCUCACUGAUAAAUUGCAGCAGACCUUCCGAGAACUGGACUCUGAGAAACAAAAGACCGACAGGCUCCUCUACUCAGUCCUGCCAAUCAGCGUAGCCACUGAGCUUCGUCACCAGCGUCCAGUACCGGCUCGUCGCUACGACACCGUCACCUUACUCUUCAGUGGCAUCGUUGGGUUCGCCAACUAUUGCGCCAGGCACACCGACCACAAGGGAGCUAUGAAGAUUGUUAGGAUGCUGAACGAUUUGUAUACAGCGUUUGAUGUACUGACUGAUCCAAAGAGAAAUCCUAAUGUAUAUAAGGUGGAGACAGUUGGUGAUAAGUACAUGGCAGUCUCUGGUUUGCCAGAAUAUGAAGUUGGUCAUGCCAAGCACAUCUCCCUCCUCGCCUUGGAAAUGAUGGAUCUCUCUCAAACCGUUACUGUUGAUGGCGAACCCGUGGGCAUCACAAUCGGUAUCCAUACCGGAGAAGUAGUGACUGGUGUGAUUGGCCAUCGCAUGCCCCGGUACUGCCUCUUCGGUAACACUGUCAACUUGACCAGCCGCUGCGAAACCACUGGAGUACCUGGCACUAUCAACGUCAGCGAGGAUACUUACGGUUACCUGAUGCGCGAAGACAACUACGACGAGAGAUUCGAACUCACAUACCGCGGCCAUGUUUCCAUGAAAGGCAAAGCUGAGCCAAUGCAGACUUGGUUCCUGACAAGAAAGAAGAUCUAAAUCAUUCAAAAUUCGACCUCAAAUACUUACUCAUAACGAUGAAUUUAAAUAAACAUUAGGGCCUGAAUUAACUGUCUUAGCAAUUUGCGUAUCGUA